AUGGCGGACCAGGAAGAAUCUCUACAGGCGAGCAGCCUGUCCCUUUUAUCCUAUCAGACUGCGCUUUGCAUUAUUCCGCCUCGCCAUCUAUGGCAGGAUGUCGACCGUCUCAGGGCUCUAUACGACCAGGCAUACGGAAAAUGGCCUGCACAUAUCAACCUCGUUUAUCCGUUUGUACCGGCAGAUAGGCUGCCAGUCGCUUCGCAGUUAAUACGGGAGACGCUAAACUCCCGGAACCAAUCCUCUCAAUGCCAAAAUACCACACUUCGAUCAGGUCUGGCAGGUUUCUUCCGUAACCGUGGAGGGAAUACUAUCCACCUCACCCUACAGGACGAAACAAAGGACCAGCUUUGCCAGCUUAGGUCUUCCAUUCUCGAAGCUCUCGGCCAUCAUGGUAAAGAUGAGCGUGAUUUUUGUCCACACCUUACCAUCGGCCAGACUAAAGCGGAUGAUGACCUGCGUGACUUUUUAUUGGGCAAGGCCAACAUGCUCCCGGCUCUACAAUGGGACCUCAGCCAUCUGGUCAUUCUUCGUCGUGAAAAGGACUUUGGCGGGAGUGGGACAAGCAAGAUGGUGAUCUGGGAUGCCAUCGAUUUGUCUGGAAAUAACAUGUCUAGUUCCGAAGAGCUUACUUGGCUAUAUAGCGGAAUGUCUCUACACGGUCUGGAUGCAGCAGCCGAUGAAGCUACCUCGCCCGCUGAGCCGAUGACUACUUAUGAAUUCUUACCCCACCAGCUUUCCUGGUGCCCCGUAACGGAACCCUCCGCAGAGUCAGCAAAUGUCCGGAGUAACGGCUUCUCUGUCUCCACGUAUAAUGUGCUGGCAGAGUUUACCCGACCCCAACCCCAAGACAGAUAUGACGCCCUGGUCAAGAACAUUCUCUCUACGAACGCGCUAGCAGAUGUCCUGGUUCUCCAGGAAGUUUGCGAUGAUUUCCUACUCUUUCUACUUUCACAACAGGAUGUGCAGCGGCGAUACCCAUUUGUAACUCAUGGGCCGCCAGGCCAGGAGGGAUCACCUCCUCUCCCUAGUCUCCGCAACAUCGUUGUUUUCUCCCAGUGGAAGUUUUCUUGGGCCUGGCUACCUUUUGAAGCUCGACACAAGGGUGCGGCUAUUGUAAAGGUGGAUGGAAUCGGAGACUUGAACUCCUGCUUGCCCACAAUUAUCACUGCCGUCCACCUAACCUCAGGGUUGAAUGAUGCUGCGGUCGACAGUAAAAUGUCCCAGAUACGCAACAUCAUACACCUGUUAGAUAAUGACUACCCCGAUAACCCGAGCGUGAUUGCGGGUGAUUUCAACUUCGCCACUUCGCAGGAGGUUAUCGAUGCUGCUGUAAAACAGAACAUGAUUUCAUCAGCUGGAGCGGAGAAGAUACUGGGACUAAAUUAUUUGUUAUCCAAGGCCCAUUUCAUGGAUGGAUGGGUUGUCGCUUGUGAAGAGCCUGGAGACACAGACAUUGAUGGCGGGCUUGGUGAAGGUGAGUAUGGAGCCACAUACGAUCCGAUCUUGAACCCUCUUGCAGCCCAAUAUUCGGUCAAUGGCAGACCCCAGAGGUACGAUAGGAUCUUUGUACGCCAAACUGGCAAAAGCAAGGUCACAGAUUUCAAUUUCUUUGGUCUACGGCAUAUCCUUGGAGGUGAGAGACUACCCAUGUCAGAAUAUGCCAGUGAUCACUGGGGAAUAAGGGCCGAAGUGCAGAUUGGUCAUAGUUUGAAAGAUGUUAAAGCCAGUGAAGCGGCCUCUGAAAAAGCCCAACUGCAAUUGAAAAGCUUACCGAAGAGCCUCUCUACCUCAGAUGAAAUCAAGUCGUGUUUGGGGGCUUCUUCGAUGCUACCUGAUGAAGAAGGUAUCAAGACACGAAAGUCAGUUGUUGCUACCCUCGCCCAGAUUCUAACGGAGCCAAUCCAUGAUUCCAAUGGGAGAGAUAUCGAAACACCGCUUGUGUUGAUCCCUGUCGGCUCCUAUGGUCUCGGUACCUGGGGCCCUAACUCUGAUAUUGACUGCUUGUGUAUUGGCCCUAUCAGCACGAGCACUUUCUUUUCUCUUGCAAUCCAAAGGCUCAAAAAGGCAUCCGCCCAUGGAAUACGUAUCAUGAGGAAAGUCAAGGCUGCAACAGGGAUGAUGCUAGAGCUACAGGCUGGAAACAUUAAACUUGACCUGCAAUACUGCCCGGCAGCAAAUAUUGCCAAAAGAUGGCAAGAAGCUACGAAAAUACCGCCCCAUGAUCCAAUAUUCGACUUAUCAAUAUAUUCCUUGUCAAAACUUCAACCAUUUAGGGACCAAGAAUAUAUCAAACGAAUGGUACCGGACAUGUACGUAUUCCAACUUGCUCAUCGGUGUAUCACCUUGUGGGCCAAAACAUCGGGAGUUUACUCCUCAAAAUUUGGCCUACUUGGAGGUAUCCAUAUCACCAUGAUGCUUUCACGGCUUCAUCAGCUCCUUCAUGAAGAUAUAGGGCGAGUCACAGUUCCUGAGCUAUUGACCAUGUUUUUCCACCAUUAUGCGAAUUUUGACUGGAAGAACAAGGUAGUGGAUAGCCCUGGAACGCGGUCAAAGUAUCGUCGGUUGUUGAGAGAACCAAUGGUGAUUCUAACAGUUCAUAUCCCCACAAUUAAUGUUGCGAGAGCCGUUACUGCAUCUUCACUAAGGACUAUCAUAUCUGCAUUCAAACGUGUAGAGGAGCUUCUGGCUGAAGAUGGGGCAAGAUGGUCUAAUGUCUUGAGCGACACUAGCAUUAGCCAUAAUAACCAAACUGGGGCUGAAAAGUUUCUGGUAGCCUACAACAGCUACAUCAAGGUUAAUGUGCAGUACUGGGGUGCCUCUUCGACUCAGGCAAGUUCUCUUCUAGAUCUUGGUAAACAAGUCCCAAGUGUUCAUGGACGUAUCUGGCCUGCUCGGUUUACUUCAAUAGAUGCGCCUAAUGACGGACAUACCGCGGAGACAGAGUACGUCGGCUGUUACUUAAUCGGCCUCGAACGGUUGCAAGGUUCCUUGAGCUCAACAGCCAGCAAAGAGGACGGUAAACGAGCACUGCAGGCAACCCUAAGUCAAUUCACGGCUAGUUUGCACGAAGAGACCAAGUACUUUGACUCCACUGUCUGCUGGAUUGACACCGAACAUGUCAAACAAACAGAGCUAGAUGAACUCAAACUCGACCAUAGAAGCUGGGGAGGGCAGGCGGGGGCAGACAUGGUGGCAUCUGAUUUCUCGGACGACGAAUGUGAGGACGACGAUCUAGCUGAAGACGAUGAAGCGGAUAGCGUUCCAGCAGUUGAAGAGCAGGCAGGAAGCGGAGCGAAGCCACACAGUAAGGACACAGCAGCAGCGCCCAAACCAGUUAGCACUAAUAAGCUCCGGCCGGCUGCAGAUGUUAUCAGUCGUCUGCGUUGGGAUCCCAAGAUUGAUUUUGGGGAUUACCUGGUAGGCUAUGAAGACCGUUUUCUAGGGGUAAAGGAGAUGCCGUUGUCGAGAUGGAAGUCAGAACAGACGGAUGAGGAGUUUAUCCCCCAGCACCGGAUUGUCUAUUUCAAGAGAAGGAGUGACGGCAGGCGAGUCUGGGACAGAGGGACCAGGAAAGAUGAGAUUUUCGGGAGCGGAGUCGGUGGAGGCAACUGA